GCUUCACUCGGAUUGCCGCCCAAUAUUCUCGAGGCAUUCGUCUUCAGCAAGCCUUAGCUUUUUUCCUUCCAAUUCGAGAUCCUUCUCCACCUCCAUCCAUGGCUUCAUUCAAAUCCUCGCUCUCGCUGGCCUCUUCAGUCGAUGGCAGCGGCGCUGACCGGACGGCUCUCUCUCGGCGUCCUUCCGGCGAGAUUCACGUCAUUGUCGGGCCGAUGUUUGCCGGAAAGACUACCGCUCUUCUUCGCAGGAUUAAUUCCGAGGGCAGCAAUGGCAGGAACGUUGCAAUGAUUAAGUCGAGCAAGGACACGCGGUAUGCAGUUGAUUCGGUGGUGACGCAUGAUGGCACGAAAUUUCCAUGCUGGGCAUUGCCAAAUCUGUUAUCGUUUAGUCAAAAGUUUGGGCUAGAGGCUUAUGAAAAGCUGGAUGUGAUAGGCAUCGAUGAAGCUCAGUUCUUCGAUGACCUUUAUGAUUUCUGCUGCAAUGCUGCUGACCGUGAUGGAAAAAUUGUAAUAGUUGCUGGGUUGGAUGGGGACUACUUGAGGAGGAGCUUUGGUUCAGUGAUUGAUUUAAUGCCCCUUGCUGAUUCUAUAACUAAGCUGACAGCUCGAUGUGAGCUUUGUGGCAAGAAGGCUUUUUUUACCUUCAGAAAAAUUGAUGAGACAAAGACAGAGUUGAUUGGCGGUUCUGAUGUCUAUAUGCCUGUAUGCCGUCAGCACUAUGUCAGUGGACAAGCUGCUAUGGAAGCAACAAGAAAUGUCUUAGAAUCUCAUGGUAAAAUUCAGAAAGAUGCCUGUUUGGAGGGGUUUGCAGCUGUUCAGUAACAUAUCUGGCUACUUUAUGUCCGUAUAGUUCCUAUGUAUUAGUAUGACUUGUCUGCUGAACUUGUUUAAAUUUCCAUUCUACAUUUGUCGCUCCUCUCUUAUGUAUAUAAAACUCAUUAGAUUGCCUAUAAUAUCUCAAUAUUUGACACUUAAAA